UUCGUCGUUUUGAAUCUGUAGUUUAACUAGCAUAACUGCAUAGCUACCUGUUAGUAAGCGUGAGCUACUUUUGAAAACCCCAAAUUUAUAGGUUCCAUAUAUAUUUAUAUGAUGUCGGCUGUAUGUUAAGGCAAUUGUGCGUGUGGAACAAUGUAGCGGCUGUGAAGUAAUGUCAACUCAACACGACUUUGUUUGUUUACUAUGAGCGCCCUAUCAGCCCAGGCUCCAGCAUCAAGCUCAUCAUGCAGGACACUGCCUGGAGAGGGAAAUCAGGUACAACCAAAGGCCCCUCUCCUGCAGAUUCUGCGUGUUGCCGGAGCCCAGGAAGAAGUCUUCACACUCAAAGAGGUGAUGCACUAUUUGGGUCAGUACAUCAUGGGGAAACAACUGUACGAUAAGCAAAGGCAGCACAUCGUCCACUGCCAGGAUGACCCUUUGGGAGAGCUGCUGGAGGUGGAGAGCUUCUCUGUCAAAAACCCGAGCCCCGUGUAUGAAAUGCUCAAGAAAUACUUAGUUGUGCUUGGUUGUUCUGACGCUGCAGAGAAUCUUUCUGUGGGCCGUGAAUGUGUAGAGGGCGGAGUGGAGGAUCGUGGUCAGAUUUGUGGGGGUGUGGUCAAAGCAGGGCUGGAGGCUGUCAGUGGUGGGCCUCUCCUGCAGACCCCCUCCCAGAGACGACCUCGGGAGCCAGACGAUGAUUCCCUUGAAGGCCUGCCACGGUCAGCCUGCAAACGGCCCAAACUGGAUGUUACUUUGGACGAGUGGGACCUCUCUGGCCUGCCCUGGUGGUUUCUGGGUAAUCUCCGUAGUAACUACAGCCGCAGGAGCAAUGGCUCCACUGACAUCCACACAAACCAACUGUCUCCUGCACAGGAGGAGGACACAGCCAUCGUGUCGGACACUACCGACGACCUCUGGUUCUUGACUGAGGGCGAAAGUGAACAGGUGAGCGUGGAGAUGAAAGAGGCUGCACUGGAGGAAGGGAGCGGAGGAGAAGGGGAGGCUCCACCUGAGGAUGAUGACGGAGGAGGGAAGGAGGAGAAAGCAGAUCGAGAGAUGCAGGAGGAGCCAGAUGAGGACUCGCAGUGUCUGAGCGACGACACUGAUACAGAGAUCUCCACACAGGAUGCGUGGCAGUGCACAGAGUGUAGGAGGUAUAACACACCUCUCCAGAGGUACUGUGUUCGCUGCUGGGCUCUACGUAAGAACUGGUACAAAGAUGUCCCCCGACUCGCCCAUUCCCUUUCUGUUCCUGAUAUCCCAGCAUGCAGCUCUCUCACCGCCCAUGAUGAGGAAGAUGACAGCGACACAGGCAUUGAUGUCCCAGACUGCAGCAGGACAGUGUCUGACCCUGUCAUCCUGCCCUCCCACUCUACAGCUGACCGACCACUGCCCACCAUGGUUAGAGGGAAAGGCAAGGGGCCUUGGCCUUCCAGCUUCCACAAAGAUGAGCAGCUGUCAGAAGGGGAGAGUCAAGAAAAUCUGGGGAUGGAAGUUGAAGAAGUUAGGCCAGAGGCACUGUUGGAGCCUUGCAAGCUGUGUCGAGUGCGACCGCGCAAUGGAAAUAUAAUACACGGGCGUACGGCUCACCUGCUAACCUGUUUCCCAUGUGCAAGAAGGCUACACAAGUUCCAGGCUCCUUGUCCAGGAUGCGGGAAGAUCAUUCAAAACGUUAUUAAGAUAUUCAUCCUCUAAGAAGCAAGCACACAUCUGUCAGGCUCUGGGGACCUACACAAUAAAUAAUACAACAAACAUUUUCCACCACAAUCAACCACACAGCUGCAUGCACUCUGGUGCGCACACACACACUGCUUGUAGACACACAAAAGACAUGCACCUUACCCGUAAAACCUACACAGAUAUUCACAAAGUAUGGCACUUGCUAAAGCUUGCUCUUGGUUGCAUGGUUUAUUUUGCAUCACACUGCCUCUGAAGUAUUGUUUGACGAAACCUAACAAGAGUUUGCCAUACCAAAUGUUUGUUCUGGUGCCACAUUUAAAUAAGGGAUACACAAAGGCAGAAGUAUUUAUUUAUUUAUUGGAAAAUCACAUAAGAGUGCAGUUUGUGUGAGCUGUUAUUGAUUUCAUGAAGGCUUGUUUUUCCAGGCUAUGUGAAUUUUCUCGUUGGUAUUUGCAUUGCAUUUGUUAAAUGUCCCAUUUUAAAAACUAGUAUUGCUUGCUUUAGUUCUGGUAGUUUUGUUUGAGUUUCCUUCUCCAUAGAUUCACUUCAGUCAUCUCAACAAAAAUUGGAAAAGCUGUUGCAGGUAUGUAGCUACAGUACCACAUCAAGCAUCUUCAAGGCAAUUUUUUUUUUUUUCACCCCUGUUGUAUCAUUUUAGGUAUUGUGGCUCCGAGAUUUCAGUUAUGAAGACAAGACUGAAGGAAAAACAGUCUUAAAACUGCGACUUUGUUGUCAGCUGCUGCAGCUACGUGAAAGUAUCCUCCUAAGCCUUUCUUAUUAAAAAAUGUGUUCUCGCAGCAUAAGUGAAUGUACUGUCAAAUACAAAUGUGGUGGCUUUAGUCCUGUUUCUCUCAAAGUAUUUUAAAAUGUAGAGUUUAAUUUAACCUGCUUGAGAAUGCACAGCUGAAGUAUUUACUGUAAUUUUCUCUCAUGGUAGUAAUUUGAUAUUAAUAUGUAUUCAAUAUUUACAGUUGCCAAGCCUCUGACAGUUAUGCCUGCAGUACCUUAAUUAAGUCAUAUAAUUGUUGGUUAAAGUUUAAAUGUUAUCAUUCAGAAAGGGUACUUUACCUCUUCCUGAGCUUAUUAUAAAUGAACAAUUUCUGUAUAUUUUGUAUUUAAUUUAUUUAUGAAUCUGUUUUAAUUGUUUAGCUGACCACCUCUAAUGAAACAGAAAAGGCUGCAUUUGUUACAGAGUUCUAACAUGUAAUUUAGAGCUAAAAUGCUUUUGAAAGUUCUACAGAAAGUCUUUAAGGAAACAGGCUAAGUUACCAAAUGUACCCUCAGUGAAAAUGACUGCGUAGUACUUAUUUGCAGGUGGGGGAGUUUGAUUUAAGCGUUACACUGCCAUGUAAUGACUCUGAACUUUAAUUUGUAUAUUAUAGAUUUUAUUUUGAUGGUUCUGCAUUAUUUGAAGGUUGUAUUGCUGCAGCACGUAGAUGCCUAGUUCUAUCAGUGAGUGUGUGAGCUGUCUACAAAUACAGUAUGCUCUACAAUACUCAAGAUUUCCAGCGACAGAAAGCAUUUAACUCUUGGCUCUGCUUUGCAUAGAGGGAAUAUAGUCGUUCUUUGAUCUGCUCUUUACUUGCGCUUAAUCUUUCUGCCAGCAGGUGGGGAGAAGUCUCAAUAUUGUACCCGGUGCCCACAGAAGCUGUACAGUACCAGUGAUACCAUGUAAUGCGUAUAUAGAGCAUGCCUCCUGUCGUGAGUAGAGCCCGCCCUGAGCUGGUGUGAGAGCUAUAUUAGCUAAAAGCUAUAAAAGAUUAAUGUAGCCUGUUGUAUUUAUCACCACCAUUGUGAAUCGAGAGAGACAAACUUCCUCUGAAUACAGACCUCAUAAGAAUGGCUUAGUACUUAUUAUACCAUUAAUACUGGUUCAGAAUGACACGUAAUUGUUGCAAUUAUUGACAUUAAGACUAAUGUACUCAAACAUGGUACAGCUAAUAUGGUUGGUUUUUUUUUCUACUUGUUAUGGAAUAAAAAGUUGUUUUGUAAAGCAAUAAAAAGUUGGGAGUUAA